GAUUAUUUGGAGCUCUUAUGUUUUCUCACUUUAAACUAAAUGACAACGUUUUCUUGAACUGAUUAAAAAACAUUGUGUAUUUUUCAUUUUUGUUGCUCAUUAUGUCCAGUCGAAGGCGGAGAGUGGCGUUUUACCCGAAAGAUUUAGUUGAUGUAUUCAAAAUACUGAAACAGGUGAAAGAAAACUGUGUUACGGUGAAAUGCUGUGGAGGAACGUAUCCAGUUAGUGAAAACGGAGAUGUGCUGAUAUCUCUAAACAAUUUAAGACGUAUCCUCUGGUACGACCCAGCGGAACAAAUUUUGACUGUAGAAGCAGGAGUUACACUUAAAGAAAUUUUGAAGUGCGUCGAAUAUUUCAACGCUACGCUAGAACUGUACGGAACAUUGCCAGAUAUGGCUGUUAUUGAUGCUGUUUCUAUAGGCCUAAUAGGUGCCAAUGGUACAAUUGCACAAUGUAUUAAAGCGUGCAAAGUAGUGUCCUUACACGGCGAUACCAUUGAUUGUAUGUGGCCCUGUGCAGAACACGUUGUUGAUCAGAGUGGAAAAUGUGAUGGAAACGGAACUGUGUGUCCAACAUUGCAGCAUGUUGUGUGUGGCCUUGGUUGUGUAGGUAUUGUUGCAUCUGUUACUUUGAAAUGUGUACCAAUACAUCUAGCUCAACAGGUCACAUAUGUAUGCACAGUGAAAGAAAUACCAGGAAUAUCUGAGAGACUGUCAGCAGCUCUAUACAGUGAGUUACUUUGGUACCCUCUUAUAAACAGGAUAGCUGUCACAAAUCAUUAUCCAAUACGUUUGCAUCAAGGGUUUUACCAGCCAUUGUGGAAGAAAGUUAUAGAGACAGCAUAUAUACUUAUGCAUCAGAUAGUAACUCGUGUCAGCCCAUACAUGUCGUGGUAUUUCCCUGAUGCUUCAGCAUACCUUUCACGUCAGCAGUUUGGACUGGUGAUGAAAGCAGCAUCGUGCAGAACUGGUUUUUGUUUUAAACCACAGAAAUUUGUGUCUGUUGAGAGUUAUUGCAAAGGGAUAAAAUGGUCAAUUCCUAGAGAACAUUUACCUACACUUAUGCAGGAGAUCAGGAGUUGGGCAGAAAAGCAUAAACAUUUCUGUUCAACCCCCAUUGUGUUGUGUUUCCAGACAAACAAAGAUCUAGAUCUGCGCAAACCAUUGCUUUGCCCGUAUACAGAUGUUAGUACAUGCACAAUAUGGACUGACUGGUUCUGCAACAAGAAUUUGAUGAUAUCUUAUUCUGCAGAAAUGGCAGAAUUUGAAUCAUUGCUGCAGAAAAAUUUUGGUCGUAGAUGUUGGUCUGCUGGUCCAGUAUUUAUUUCACCACUUAUUGGACAGAUGUAUCCAGGUUUCAAGCAUUGGUGUUCUGCAAAGUCAGUGUUGGAUCCUGAACUGAUUUUUAGAAGUCCGUAUGUAGAAGGCAAUCUUAUUAUUGAAAAUUGCUAAUGUAUGUCCUCGAUGUAUGUUAUUCUCUUCACUGCUUAUGCAGGGUGUUAUGUGCUUUGAGAUGUAUUAUAGCAUAUCAAGAAUCAUCAUUCUAAUGACUUUGAAAACGCUUUGCAUCACUAUAUCUGUGGAAGAGGCUUGGACACAGUGAAGUAAUAAUAAAUAAAUAAAAUAUAAAAAAGACCCACAAAGUGUGAAUCAAAUUCCAGACAAUCUGAGCAACUGUCUCCAUUGUUGAGGACCAUGGACUGAUCACUACACAAAUAAUUAAUUUCAGCUUUGGUGCUGUUAUAGCAUGGAAUAAUUCCAAACAAGAAACUUAUUGAUGUCAUGUUUAUAAGCAUUAACUGGCACAACAGUCAUUAGAUCCAGCAAUAUUUUUGUACUGUAGAAAUUGCAGGAGGGAAUAAGAUACUGCUGCAUUAACUUCCUACAAAAGCAGCUUUAAUGAAGGAAAGUCGAGAAGGAGACACAGUUGCUGUUCAUAGCCUUUGGAACUCAAGAUUUAGCAGGAAAGGAACCAUAAGAAAGUUACACUAGAUCUAUUUGAAAAGUGAAGAACUUUUCGAAAGCAAGGAGAUUGAACCAAUAACACCUCUGGAUCUGAAGGUUCUCAGCAGUGGGCGCAAUCCUGCAUCAGAGCCCCUUUUUGUGCUCCACAAACAAUGUAGGAAAAACAGCACAUAAGUAACUUACCCACAGUAACCAAACAUAAAUGAAAAGUGUGUUCCGAAGAUGGUGAACCAUGUAAAGAACUGUAAGAGUGCUCAUUUUAACCAACUGGUCUACUAGAUUACUGUUCCUUCAUCAUUUUCUCAUUUCGAAAGAAGAAAAAGGUAAUGAAAAAUCCAUAAGUGACUUACUUAUUUGUAGAGUAUUAAUGUCUUUUGGAUUAAUGUGGAUGAAUUAAAGUGCCAGCACAAGUGAAACUUUUGGGGUAGAUAUCAUGCAAAACAUCUUACACUGUUUGAUCAAGAUAGUUUCAGUAUAAAUUAUUUUCUGAUUGAUGACAGGGAAAAUGUAAAUGUUUAUUAUAACACCUACUGUUCUUCCUCUGUGACUGCUUCAACUAUUUGCAAUUAUUGAACAUGUACAUAGAAAACAAGAAGAGUGAUCAAUUUGAUUCCCAUAAAAGGCCACUGUUUUGACUCUCUACCUAUCGUAGAAGGGCUACGCUAAGAGUGAGGUACUCAAACACCUUCUAAUGCUUCUUCC